AGUCAAUGUGUUUACGCAUGCGCAGCAGCCCUUCCCUCACGGCAACGUGCUUCACAACUUUUCCUGGUUUUUAGUAAAUUUCUGUGGAAUUUCAUUUCAUCUCUUUUAAUAUUGUCACAUUGUAGAAAGAAUUCAUUGAUUUUAUUAAAGUGGUUGUAAUGGCUGAAACAAACGGUGAAACUUUAACAGCUCUUGAACAAAAAAUUAUUCGACAGAUUGAGUAUUAUUUUGGAGACAUCAACCUUUCCCGAGCGUUUCUUCAAGAACAAAUUAAGUUAGAUGAUGGCUGGGUUUCAAUGGAAAUCAUGCUAAAAUUUAAUCGACUGAAAUCUCUCAGUGAAGAUGCUCAAGUGAUAUGUGAUACUAUAAAGAAAUCAAAAUCUGGUUUAAUGGAGGUCAAUGAAGAUAGCACAAAGAUCCGUCGUUCAACUGCAAAGCCAUUGCCAGAGAACACACGGGAAAGAAGGGAAGAAAUGAGCAAUCGAACACUUUAUGUGAAAGGCUUCCCAGAUGAUGUAAGCCUUGAUGAUCUGAUGACUUUUUUUGCAAAAUUUGGUGAACUUGAGAAUCUAGUAAUGAAGAAAAAUGGAAGUAAAAAAUUUACUGGUUCUGCUUUUGUUGUCUUUUUGGAAAAAGAUAAACUGGAAGAAUUUUUAAAGGCUGAAGAUGUCAAAUAUGGAGAAAAUGAAAUAAUUAAAUAUCGCAAGGAUGAAUAUUAUAAAAGAAAAAAUGAAAAGAGGAGACAGCAUAAGGAACAGCUCAUGAAAGAGAAGCAAGAGCAACAUUUAAAGAAAAUGGAAGAGAAAGAAAAAAUAGCAAUUGUUCCUGGAUCAGUUCUCCAUUUGUCAGGUUUUACACAGGAUUUAGACAGAGAAGACAUUAGAACUUUCUUCUCUGAUUUUGCUGCUGUAGCCUGGGUUGACUACAAUAAAGGUGACACAGAGGCCUGGGUCCGUUUCUUUGAAGAAAAUCAAGCUAAAGUGGUUCUCGAGAAAACCAAAGAUUCUGACAGUGAAGACAUAAAGCUAAAAGAGAAUGUCUUGAAGGGUGAUGUUCUUGAAGGAGAGGCUGAGCAUGAACACUGGAAGAAAAUUUCUGAAGCUAAAUCUGCUGGGAUGAAGAAUAAGAAGCUUGGCAAAAUGGGUGGUAGAAAGAAAUUUGGCAAAAGGCAUGCAAAACGUGGUAACAGUGGUGAUGAACCAGCUGCAAAGGUCUCUAAAACUGAAGACUAAUUAGAAAUGAAACACUUCUUAUAUUUUAUAAAUCUUUUAUUAAGCUCUCUUGAAGACCUACACACACACUCUCUCUUUCUCUCUAAUUGUGCAUAAAGACUCAUGAAAUGAUUGCAGUUACUGCAAUCACCAAGCUGUAUGAAAUUUGCCCAUCACCACAAAAUGUCCUUGUAAUUCAGCUUUAUGGAAGCCAAGUAUUUUCUAUGCCAGUUUUUCUUCAGAAUGAUGUGUUCUGACAAUAUGGAGAUACUGUGGAACAUUAUUGGUACUUUAUUUUAUUCUAAUGGGGGUUUUGUGACUCAAGAGAGCAAGGGGGAAAUCAUUUUACACAUUGUAAAUAAAUUCAUUGAAGCAUA